CUCCCAGGUAUAAAUCUCAUCUAAGAUAAUUGGGUUUUUGAAAAUUUCCCUUUUGAGCUGUCUCCAUGAAUCUGAUUUCCUUAAAAUUUAGGGUUUUGGAUCGGACGACUAAAGAUGAAGAAGCCACACAAAGAAAAGAACAAGAAAAGUCUCCAACAGAAUGAUUUGAAUAAUCGUUCAGAAUCAAAGACUGAUACCAGCGCCCAAGUUUCUCUUACUUCUGCAAUUAACUUUGCUCGAGGAUACAAAAGAGGGAUUGGUCCUAGGAAAAGAGCAACAAAAGUUGGAUGGGGUACUUCUGAAGAUCUAAUCUCAGAGAUACUCUCAAGGCUGCCUGAGAAAUCUGUUGCGAGGCUUCGUUGCGUGUCGAAGCUUUGGUUAUCAAUCACCAAAGAUCCAUAUUUCAUCAAGCUGUUCGAAACUCGGUCCCCACAGCCAAGUCUUUUGGUUUGCUUCUUUGAAAACAGAAAGUUGUUUGUUGCCUCUAUUCCGCAACAUCUUCAUUCACUUCAGAAUUCCAAAAGGUCUUACUCUUGUUCUCAGCCUAUUUAUCGCUAUCAUAUGGAAUUUCCAGGAGGACAUAGUCGCUUCCCCCCUACGGAAUCUGUCCAUGGCUUGAUCUGCUUUCAAGUAUCAGGAACGCCUAUAGUUUGGAACCCUAGCACGAGACAGUUAUUACCUUUACCAAAACCGAGAUUGAGCUGGAAUGACUUAACAAUCUUUUUAGGUUAUGAUCCGGUUGAAUGUAAACACAAAGUAAUGUGCAUUCCUCUUAAGAGAAGUUCUGAUGUGUGUCGGGUGCUAACAUUGGGAUCAGCUCAAAAAUCAUGGAAAACCGUAAAAACUCAGCAUAAGCAUCGUUCUGACAAUCAGACUUGUGGUCGAUGCAUCAAGGGGGUUGUAUAUUAUAUAGCCGAGGUUUAUCAAACGCAUGUUUGGGUUGUAAUGAGCUUUGAUGUCAGAUCUGAAAAAUUCGAUAUGAUACAGUUACCAUCGGAUACUGAUUAUAGAAGUAUUUUUCUAACUUAUGAAGAGAGUUUCGCUUGUGUUCAAAUGCGUACCACGAAGGGUGGUCAAGUUAGAGGGGAGCGUUGUACCACAUUGUGCAUUUUGGAGGACGCAAAGAAACACAAGUGGUCGAGUAAAGAUGUUUUUGCAUCUGCUGGUUUAUUUGUUGAAAGUUUGAGAACUGUUUUAAAACUAAAAGGUUGCAGUCAUGCUGGUGAGUUUAUUUACGCAUCAUCCGGGCUUCAAUCUUUGAGUUAUAUUUUAUUUCAUGAUCCGGUGAAAAGAAGCUGUAGGAGAUUCGAACUUAAAGGAAUCGCAGACGACACAUCUAGACUCAAUAAUGAGGUUACAAAAGGAUGGCUGUUUACGCUCCAUGCUUUCCCGAAUCACGUUGAGAGUCGAAUGCCUUUGUAA